AUGAAAAAGAUUCCUCUCGGCUUUGACUUGCACCUCGACCGAGGAUCUUCCUUUCAUGCGCCCUGUCCGUAUACAGAAACGCGAGUACGAAGCCCCGCCCCUCGCCGCGGAGAGAGUCCGAGCCGAGACGGAGAACGCUCGAUUGACGGUGGAGGAAGGAAGGUUUUGAUGGUGUGGGGAGAAGAAAGAAAAUAAGGGCUCUUCGCCAACUUCACGACGAAACAACCAACCACAAAGAAGGUUGUCUUCUGGCGUUUACUGCGCAUUGUCGUGUCUGUAAUUUCCUUCAAUUUUCCAUAAUUUGAGAUUAGGGAGUGCCAAUGCCAAAAGGUCCCAGGAUUGCGGGAUUUCCGAAAUUGCGGGUUAUCCGGGGGACUAAUAACCGGGCGCGGGGGUGGGUAGUUACGCGUUGCAGGUCUCCGUGACUAAUUAUUGUUAAUUGUCGACUUUCAGUCAGAAGAUGACCUCACCUCAGUCAGCUUGUGACUCCAAACCAAUUAAUUUAAAUCACCCUGAGUCUCGAGACGUUUAUGAUGACCUAAUUGAACAGAAGCCCAUCGUCAACUACGACCAGAAGCCCUUCCAGGACUUUGCCAACAAUGGCCUCGACCCCGGAAGCUCAUCACCAUCAACCCUCGCGGCUGUCUCCCAAGCUCAACAGUCUCAACUAUCCGCUCAAGCAGCAACCAACUACUACCAGCAGAGUUUUAUGGCCAAUGGUGUGUUCAACAGUUUCUAUCCCGGUAAUCUACAACCUUAUGCGCCUCAGUACUAUCAGCAAGCCAGUACCUCACCAGAAAGUGAGUAAAGUUCUUGUUUAGUCGACUUUUGUUGUUACUGGUUAUUUUAAUUUUUUAUUCUUGCUUUUACCAUACUCAGGUAAUGAAUGCAUGUAUUAGUUUCAGGUUUUAACGGGAGCGAGUCCCAGACGAGGAUAAUAGAAGGCACGGAAGUGCACAUCAACUCCAAAGGCAAGAAGUCGCGGAAGCCUCGCACGAUCUACACGGCCCAGCAGCUACAGGAGCUACAGAAACGCUUCGAAGGCGGCCAAUACCUGACGUUGCCGGAACGAGCAGAGCUAGCCAACGGACUGGGCCUGACCCAAACUCAAGUAAGUAUUUCCGGAACGGUAUUAUCUCCGGCUUCGAUCGGCCUUCAAACAACUGCUGCGGUGACAGCAGGAAGAGAUUGAGGUGGCUUUGUGUUUUUUCCAUGUUACCUGUCACAAUUUGAUGACUGCGCAAUGAUUUGAAUGGCACGCGUUUGGUGGCCUCGGUUUUCCUUUAGGGAUCUCUUUAUGUGAUGUGGGCUUCACAUUUUUACUGUACCAUAUUCGAAACCGACCUCUUUGAAUUUUAAAAUUUAAUUUUUUUACUAUUUGGUCAAACAAAUUGUAGACUUUCUUGACCUUAUACCAGUUUCAUUUCAAAUUUUGCUUUUUUUUAAAUUUUUUAUAAAAUUAGUAUUCCAUAUCAAAUAUGUUGAACCAGUAGGCUAUACCGCAUGAAGAGAGUCACAUAAACUAGCAUUUAUUCUUAGGCACACGCGCGCUAGCCAGGCCUUAUAGCUUGAAGUUAGGAUAAGAACGGAACAAAGAGAGUUCCUAUACCAAUAUGUUGACAUGCACCUCAUCGAUUUACUCGGAGUGACGCGUCAGCUACCGGGACAUGUAAAACAAGAAUAUGCAUUUUAUGAUCGAUGUUUAGAUAACAAUAAGAUUGUUGUGUCACCGCUUUUGUCCUUUUAAAUCCUGUAUAUUCUGUAGUAGAAAAAUGUAAAAUGUUUAAAUUAUAAUAUUAAAAUUGAUAUAUAUUAAAAAGAAUACUAUAUAGACCCAUAAAACUUUUUUCAGGUCAAAAUAUGGUUCCAAAACCGAAGAUCCAAACAUAAGAAACAGAAAAAAGGUCCCGGAUGCACCGACGGAAACCGUAGCCGAACCUCGGACGAAGACGGCGACGACUCCACGGGCAUCAGCACGCCCAACUCCGUAGAGCCUGUAAAUAGUGUUAUGAACGAGGAUCCGCUAAAAACGCUCAACAACCUCUCCAUGAUGAACGGCCAGAACCCGGAGCACCAGCUGGGACUGGGUGCGGGCCUAGGCCCUUCGUUGUCGGCUCCAACCAUCCCCACCUCAUCCCCCAUGAUCCCCCUACCCGCUUCCACCAACGAAAUGCCGUUUGCUCACGGCUUCACACAGCCCGCCUUGGACAACACGCUCAACCCCUGGUCCACGGCACAUCCCAUGUUCCCUCAGGCGCCGAAUUACACGGAUAACAAGAUCGACAUGAUCAAAUAUCCCCCUUACGAUAGCAUGUCAUACUACUCCAGCCAGAACUGCUUCCCCCAGCAGUUCUUCGGCUGA